AUCGACCGUAAUUUAUAUCCGCCAUAUAUCCACGCACAACGGUACUAGCUCCUCAAUUCAGAGAGCAGAAGAAGCCUCUAGACUAGAGAGUAGAGAGUAGAGAGUAGAGUGUAGAGUGUAGAGUUUUAUUUUUAUUUUUUUAAUUUAAAAAAAAAAAGGAAAAGAAAAUGGCAUUACUACUACGAAUACCAUUAAUAGUACCACCACGUCAGUUGGGGAUAAUUCCUUCUCGCAUAACAACACUACGCUUAGCACCCCGCAAUAGUAAUACAAUCCCUUCUUCUUCUUCUUCUCUCCACAACAAUCGCUUAUUCGUCUCCGUUUCCCAGACCAUGGCUUCCAUUGCUCAAAAAGUUCUGGUUCCAAUUGCGAAUGGCACUGAACCUAUGGAGGCGGUGAUUACCAUUGACGUUCUGCGACGAGCUGGAGCUGAUGUUACUGUGGGUUCAGUGGAGAAUCAACCACGCGUCGAUGCUGCCCACGCUGUCAACAUCCUCGCCGAUGCUUUGGUUUCCGAUUGCGCCAACACAGUCUUCGAUCUCAUCGCUCUACCCGGGGGCAUGCCAGGUGCUACCAAUCUUAGAGAUUGUGCUGUUCUGGAAAGCUUGGUGAAGAAGCAGGCAGCAGACGGGAGGCUUUAUGCGGCAGUAUGUGCUUCACCUGCAGUGGCGCUUGGGCCAUGGGGUGUGCUGAAGGGCUUGAAAGCAACCUGUUAUCCAUCAUUUAUGGAGCAAUUAGCUCCUACUGCAACUGCUGUUGAAUCAAGAGUGCAAGUGGAUGGCAGAGUUGUAACAAGUCGGGGACCUGGCACUACCAUGGAGUUUGCUGUUGCAUUGGUUGAGCAAUUGUGCGGGAAAGAGAAAGCUAAAGAAGUUUUUGUGCCAUUGGUUAUGCGUUCCAACCAUGGGGAUGAAUAUGCCAUAACUGAGCUAAAUCCAGUGGAGUGGACGUUUGAUGAUUGCCCCAAGAUUCUUGUACCUAUUGCUAAUGGCACUGAGGAAAUGGAAGCUGUGAUGAUCAUCGAUAUUCUUCGACGAGCGAAAGCAAAUGUUGUGGUGGCCUCUGUUGAGGAUAAACUAGAAAUUCUUGCUUCUCGUAAUGUAAAACUAGUGGCAGAUGUGCUCCUUGAUGAGGCUGCUAAUCUUUCAUAUGAUCUAAUAGUCUUGCCAGGUGGACUUGGUGGUGCUCAAGCAUUUGCAAACUCUGAAAAACUGACAAACCUGCUAAAGCAGCAGAGGGAAUCAAAUAGACCUUAUGGAGCAAUAUGUGCCUCCCCAGCUUUAGUCCUGGAGCCCCUAGGCUUACUCAAGGGUAAAAAGGCUACAGCUUUUCCUGCAUUGUGCAACAAGCUGUCAGAUCAGAGUGAAGUUGAAAACAGGGUUGUGGUUGAUGGCAAUCUCAUCACAAGCCGAGGGCCAGGAACUGCCAUGGAAUUUGCACUUGGAAUUGUGGAGAAGUUAUUUGGGCGCGAGAAAGCACUAGAGCUUGCAAGAGCAAUGCUUUUCAUUCGCCCAUAGACCUUGUGCAAGUGUAUGUUGUCUGUACUUGUAUUAACGUCUGCAGAGACAAAAUAUGGUGAGAUGAAUUCAUAUAUAUAUAUAUAUAUAUAUAUUUUUUUUUUUCAGAACCCAGACUUAAAAGCCUGGAAAAGAUGAAUUCAUAUUUGAAUAUGAAUUCGCUUUGCAGUUAUGUAUGGCAGUUUUGUGUAUAAAUAAAAAUAUGAAUUCACUUUGCAGUUAUGUACGGCAGUUUUGUGUAUGAAUAAAUGAGUUUCCUAUGGCAUU